AUGACUGAACGAGACCCCAUGAGCGUCGCGAUCGUCGGAGGCGGCAUCGCUGGCCUCACGCUGACAAUCGCACUUCUCACCAAAUGUCCACACAUCAAGAUCACGCUAUAUGAGUCCGCCGAAGCCUUUGGCGAGAUCGGCGCAGGUGUCGGAUUCUCGCCGGUUAUGGUUCGCACAAUGGCUCUCAUCGAUCCACGCAUCGCGGAAGCGUUCGUUAAAUGUAGCAAAGGCAACACUGUCACCGACCCGCCGAACUGGUUCCAUGUGAGGGUUGGAGAUGAAAGAAAGAAGAAUGUCAAGCUAAGGGAAGAGUUGUUUGUGAUACCAGGGAGGAAGGGACCGGGAGGUGGCGUGCACAGGGCUCACUUCCUCGAUGAGUUGGUGAAGCUGGUACCAGAGGGAGUCGCGCAGUUCAAGAAGAGGGUACUUGAGAUUACUGAAGCAGACGACGGCUCCGGCGAUGCGGUCUUGCACUUUACCAACGGGCGUACUGCGCAGCACAGUGCGGUGCUUGGGUGCGACGGGAUCAAAAGUCGCGUGCGAUCUAUCGUCCUGGGUGACUCAGACGCAGUAAAGGCGGUGUUCUCAGGGAAGUAUGCGUAUCGGGGGCUUUUGCCGAUGUCGGAGGCGGUGGAUAUCCUAGGCGAUGAGACACCGAGAACGCCUCAGAUGUACAUGGGCUAUCAUGGGCACGUAUUGACAUUCCCCAUUGCGAAUGGCACGCUAUUCAACGCACGGGACGACAUGCUAGAGGACUAUAAGCACUGGAUUCCUGCCGUGCGCAAGAUCAUGGAGAACGUCCGGAAGCCUGACAUCUGGGCGCUCUUCAACCACCCACCUGCAUCAAUCUACUACAGCGCUAAGCCACUGAUCUGCCUAGUGGGCGAUGCCGCUCAUGCAUCGACACCGCAUCAAGGCGCCGGGGCAGGAAUGUGUAUCGAAGAUGUGUACGUCCUGAGCGAGUUGCUAUCGCAGUGUCGUACGAAGACCGGCUUUGAGAAGGUCUUCCACGCAUACGAUGCUGUCAGAAGGCCGCGCAGCCAGAAGCUGGUCAAGACCAGCAAGGAAGCCGGUAUGUUGUGGGAAUUCGAAGGAGAAGGCGUCGGCGACGAUUUGGAGGCGCUGCGGAUUAAUGCGCAGACCAGGAUGGCGUGGAUUUGGGAUCACGAGAUGUCGAAUGACCUGAAGGAAGCAAGGCGGAUUAUGCAAGAGGGCUUGCCGAAUACUCUGUAG